CGUGUUGGAGUUUGUUUGACGAGGAAUGGCAACUUGAUUCGUUUCAACAAAGUCUCCUCGCAUGCUCCGGAGAAAACGCGUAUCUUAAAAUGGUGGACGCUGCAGAGCAUUCCACAGAGGCAGAGCCUCUCAAAGGGGAGGAGACUGUUGUGGGCGUGACCAGUGUGACUGACCCCUCCCCCUUUAAGAAGAGUGACUGUGCAGGCAGACUGGGCAUGUCUCACCUGUCUGGCUGGCGGACUGGAACAUUCCUGCUCUCUCUGUUCCUCUGUCUUACCGUUGUCUUUGCUUUCUCCUUCAUCCUGCCCUGCCCUGUGCGACCCCAAUACCAACGCACCUGGAACCGCACCAUACCAGGAGCAGUAACGUAUGAUUUCCUGGCGGUGGAGGAUGCCACUAAAGAUAAAGUCAGGGACGUUUUCAUUAUCUACAAGAGAUCUGAGGGCAUGGCUAACAAUACCUGUACCAGCGAGGGUCUGUCUGCCCCCUGUCUCUUCCUUUUGGCUGUUGAUGGCACUGAUGGUGAGACCCUAUGGGAACGCCCAUUGAGUGCUGAUUUUGAUUGGGCGGUCUGUGGAGUGGGCGGGCUCAGUGAGACUGGGACAGGCUGCUUGAUUGCCCACAAUGAUAACCUUACUGCUGUGGACACACACACAGGUGUGAUCCUAUGGCAGCAGCUCCGCACUCCUGUUAGGGGCGGUGACCUUCCGUUGGUCCACCUGCCGGACCUGGAUGGAGAUGGGGCAACAGACUUCGCUCUGGUUACACAUAGUCCUUCACAGACGGUUCUGGCAUUUGUGUCUGGGAGAACAGGUGACGUGAUUGGCUCAGAGGUGGUUGUGGAUUCUGGAACCUCACUUGCUCAUCUGCCCUACAUCACAGCCAGUGGAGGGCAGUACCUGCUGCUGCAUAAAGACUCAGGGUUGUAUGCAGUAGGUUUGUGGUGGUUAGCUGGUCAGGCUAAGUCUGGUUUGGAGGUCAAACUAAAGAAAGACAAGAACUGGGAGGAGAGAGCUAGCAGCCGCCCUGGACAUAUUCUCAUCUUCGAGUCUGUGUCUCUGAGGCGAGUUGUGGAGGUCAGGAGGAGUGGGCGGGGCAGUGUCUCGCCCCUGCUGUUACUGACAGACUCCACUAUCACCCUACUGCACGAAAACCUCCUCACUGCAAGCUGGUCAAUGAAUAUCAGCAACUUAUUGAGUGCGCCGGCAUUUGGACACUACAACACAGACGAGGUCCCUGAUUUGGUCAUUGAGGAAGACAUCGGUAAUUCUACAAAACGAGUGGUAAUCCUGGAUGGUCACACAGGCAGUGCAUUAUGGGAGGUCAGACUGCAGUUUACACCACAAACUCCUCGUCCGUCAUCAGUCCUGACCAUUAAUGACUAUUCAGUGUUUAUGCUGUGGGGACAGACUCCUAUACACCCCAAUAAUACAGAUGUUGAAGAGAAGUCUUCAUAUCUGCUGCAUCCUUAUCAUUCCAACCUGCUGCUGGAGAGAAAGAGUCCAUUUCAACACAUCAUCGCCUUUAAAGCUACUCUCCUGGAGCGAAGCCGCCAUGCCUCUUAUCUGGUCUUGACGGGGCAGGAUGGCGGCCAGUCUGAUGGAGUCCUGCCAGUGACGCUGACCAAGCGCAAGAUCAAAGAUGACGUCCCAGAGAGCAGCGUGCUGAGGGUGGGCGGGGCUGGGGGCGUGGUCGUCAGCACAGAUAGUGAAGAGUACAUAAAAGAGAUAUUUUACCGCCUACGCUUUAGUAAUGAACCCCAGUAAAGACUGCACACACACACGCACACACACAUACACACACACACACACACACACACCUGUGCCCGAGACAAUCACAUCAGUAACACAUGAUUAUUUACUUACAUCACUUUCUCCGUACACCUUUACCUGUACCCCAUACCCUAAACACUGUGCCCUAAACACUAUACCCUAAACCAGGGAUGGGCAAAUCCGGUCCUGGAGGGCCAUGGUCCUGCUGCUUUUCUUGU